AUGGUGGAUGUAUUUUACACUAAGUAUUUCCACGGAGAGGAAACGGUAACGCUCGCAACCCUGCAAGCGACCAAGCAAAGGAAUGGCGAGGAUUUGAUGGAAUACAUCAAGCGGUUCAGGGACAUAGCACUUGACUGCCACGACCAUUGUGAAGAAAGGACCUUAGUAGAAAUGUGCAUGACUAACAUGAUUCGGGAAUUCAAAGCUGUCCUGGAAAAUCUAGAAAUUUCCCAGUUUGCACAGUUGUUGCAGAAAGCAAGGAAGACGGCUCAGUCCAUAAAACCCAGUUCAGACAAAAGAAACACCCCGCAGGCUAUGGUGGUGUCCACUGGAGAGCGGAGAAGGAAAACAGUAGGGAAGAAGUAUGAUACGCCCUCACCCAUACCAUGUACUCCUAAGGAGCUAGAUGUGCUGCUAGACAAAUGGAUAGUAGACGGGAUCUUUAAACCCAAUCAGGUUCCUAGAGAGCCCACGGAGGAAGAAAGAAGAGAUCCUCGCUUCUGCCGCCUGCACAACUAUGUACAACAUCCCACCGUAGAAUGCUGGGCGCUUCGCAGGUUGGUGCACCGCAAGAUUAAAGAAGGCACAUUGGAGUUAACCCAGCAGGAAGUCCAAAGAAACCCACUCCUGAACCACAAGGGAAAUGGUAUAGCCGCAGUGGUAAUAUGCGCAGACCCGGGAGAGGACGAGGAAGAGAAUUUGGCCCUGCUUGUGGCGGCGAUUACCACUUUACAGCAGAGUGCCAAGUUCAAAAAUUUAUUUAACCAUUUGGGACUCACAGCAAAGGAAAGAAAGAUAGCCACGGAGGCUUUGGUGAGUAUCGCCUCCGGGGCAGGGGUAGAGUGCUUGUCAGUAGAAAUGCCAGAAGACAGAGCCCUCCUACAGGAAUCGACAGAGAUCACAUUCAGUAGUAAGGAUAUAGAGGUGGGACACCUGGAUCACAGGAGGCCUCUCUCUUUAGCAGCAUCCAUAAAUCAAAUCCCCAUUAAGAGGGCCUUGGUAGAUACAGGUGCUUCCGUAAACCUCAUUCCGUUGAGCAUCCUGCAAGCAGCAGGAAUUUCAGAAAGAAAGAUCCAAGGAUGCCCGAUGGAAGUAACGGGGUUCGGGGGAAGAGGCGAGUACAUCGCAGGCCACAUUCAGUUGUGGUUGAAAGUAGGUCCUAUAGCUUCUUUAGCUCAUUUCCAUCUGGUCAGAAUGGAAGUAUCUUAUCAUGUACUCUUGGGAAGGCCCUGGCUACACAAACAUCGACUGGUCCCAUCCACUUACCACCAAUGUGUGAAAGGAAGAUUGAAUGGCAGGAUGAUACGUAUAGCUGCAAACCCCUCGCCAUUCGAGCAAGCAGAAGCUCACUUAGUAGAAACCAUGUUUUACGACCAAUGGACUCCAUCUGGGGAAACUCGGUUUCAAAGCCACGAGGUACCUUCGUGCCUAUGUGGGAAGAUGUCCAAAAUGACCUAA